GGUGCGCAAUGAACACGGCAGAGCACGUUAGCCGCCACCAACCGCAGUUUCACUUCCCAAAAUUCCAACUCCCUCGGCCAGUCUCCGAUUCAGAGACUCGCUCUAUUGUCCAGUAAUAAUGAGCAAGUACAAGUCUAAUCGGCGAGUCCAAAUCGACGACUUGCAGUUGCCCAAGUACGACGAUGUGGAUGGCGAUGAGGGAGAUGACAGUAGAAUGCGGUUGAAACCAUCGGGAAGCAAUGUGAGUGAAGACCAAGAGCCCUUCAUGGGUAUCAAGGUUCGAAGAAAAGCAUCCCUGCAUAGAGAUGUAAAAGGAGACUACAUAGACGUGCCUUCGAAUCCAUAUUUGAUGAAGACUUUGCAAAAGCUAGGUGACAACCAAAUUCUCUUUGCUGAUAAAGUAUUGAAAUUCACUGCAUCAGGGAAGAUGAAACGGCGUAUAUUAUUAAUAACAGACUUUGCCGUUUAUAUUGUUGACCCAGAGACUGAUGCACUUAAACGGCGUAUAGGAUUGGCAGCUGUAGAGAACAUAUUUUUGAGUGAAUUAAGUGAUAAUUUCUUUGCAGUUGUCAUUCCAACGGAGUAUGAUAUGCUUAUGGCUAGUACACGAAAGACGGAAAUUGUCACAGUGUUAGCUGAAGCUACAAAGAGUGCAUCUAACUAUGAACUUGCGGUGGUUUUCUCCAAUAGUUUCGAGUAUCAUGCAGCUGCUGAAUUGGUGAAGGAAGUUCAAUUUGAGGAAGUUGAAGCUGGUGUUAAAACUAGAAUUUUAAGGAAGUGAGGUGCAGCUUGUACAUCCAUUCAUAUGUUUGUAGACUACGUGGGGAGCAGCAUCUUUCAUUGUAAAGACACUGGAUUAUUAAGAUUUGUUGCAUUGCGACGUACUACUCAGCAUCAAGGCAUUCCAUUGAAAAUUUCGUGGUGGUGUUGUCGUGUUUGUUUUUUUUAGUUGGGUGCUGGGGGGUGGUGUGGGGUGUAAUUCUUACGGUAAAAGAAUGAUUAUUUUUUCAAUACAAAACGAACUCUUUACAAAUA